UGAGUCGUUUCUUUGAAAUCCAAGGUGAAAUGUUCAUAAAGACAUUUGAAUAAUUCUAGACUUAAUGGCACAAUGGUAGCCUCCAAACGCCAAAAUUCGCCGCCAAUCAAUCGCACUGGAGCCAAUAAUGCUGCAAACCAGAUAACUGUCGAGGCACAAUCCGUGAUCACAUCAGCAGAUUUGAAGCGUACGGGUUCUUAUAAGGAUUUAAGUACAGUAAUUUACAUUUGGGGUGAAAAUCCUGCUGCAAAAGCACCUGAUGAUACAAGUGCUGCAGUGAAAGAGGAUUGGUUACCAGCUGUCUACCGCCAUAUAUCGGAUGUUCGCAUAACAAGUGUUUCAUGUGCCAAGACCUAUCUUAUGCUUCUUUCAAGUUGUAGAAGAUUGUUUGCACUUGGAAGAGGGGACUAUGGGCAACUUGGUCUGGGACAACAAGUACGCUUUGUAGGAGAACCUACAGCAGUUCCAAUUCCACAUCAGAUAAAAUCAGUAGUCUGUGCUAAAAACCAUUGUGGAGCUAUAGAUGUCGGUGGCAAGCUAUAUACUUGGGGUCGUAGCGACCUUGCAGGUCAUCCAGAUGGGUUUGCCACGUGUUCACCCACUGAGCUAAAGCUUAAUAACGGCCACUCCACUUGCCGCAGUAUUGGUGUAAAUGACACAUUGACUGUAUGCGUAUUGGAUGGAGGUGAAUCUUUAUAUCAAUGGGGAAUUACAUUCAGUGGCGAGGAAGUCUUCGAACCGCACUUGUUUUAUUCGUUUGAGUAUGAGCACAUACGUCAGGUGGCGCUUGGUCGUAACUUUGGUAUUGCUCUGUCGGAUACAGGAUCUGUAUUUGGCUGGGGAGAUCGCACAUAUGGUGAAACCAUGACAUCUGGGAACAUCAUGGAAUUUUCAUAUUCACUCUUACCAAGACGACUGAGGCACCCUAAUCUAAAGUCCAUUGUUAGCAUUGCUACUGGGGAACGCCAUGUCUUGAUGAUCGACGACAUUGGACGCAUAUGGUCAAUGGGAGAAAAUAUGUAUGGUCAAUGUGGUGUACCUCCGGAGCAUCAUUGCGGACCCUGCAAGGUCGAAGUCGAGGACACUGCAUUCCCAAUAGAAUAUAUAGCUUGCGGCCCUAGGCAUUCAGCUUGUAUAAAUGCUGGUCACCAACUCUAUACUUGGGGCCAUUCUUCGGGGCACAAGCUUAUAUUCACCACUUCCGUUGAUAUGCUUGUUAAACAGCAGAGGCAGCCUGGAGUAUCGGUACAGUCAGGCGUCCAGACUUGCUGCUGCAAACCGCAGCUGAUAUAUAACACUCUACAUGAGAAGGUAGCUUGUGUCGGUCUUGCUAUGGACUAUACAGUGGCGGUUACCGGCGAGGGUAUAGUUUCCCCGGGUCCACAGAUGAUAGACAGCGACAGGUCCUCAUGACAAUAUUA